AUGAGUAUCUUGUGGUUCCUCUCCUGCCUGGCACUUGCCAGAGCGGCACAGAACUGUGGCGUCCCUGCAAUCGAGCCAGUCAUCAGCGGCUACACCCGCAUUGUCAACGGAGAAGAGGCAGUGCCUGGAUCAUGGCCCUGGCAAGUCUCUUUGCAGGAGCAGAGCGGGUGGCACUUUUGCGGUGGGUCUCUCGUCAGCGACCGCUGGGUGGUGACUGCUGCCCAUUGCGGGGUGACGAAGUCCAACGUCGUAGUGCUUGGAGAACAUGACCGUAGCUCUUCUGUGGAGAAUGUACAAAAACUGGCUGUUGAACAGGUCUUCACCCACCCAGAGUGGGACCCCGUUGCUAUCAACAAUGACAUUGCCCUGAUCAAGCUGGCUACACCUGCCGAGAUAGAUGCUAGGGUGUCCCCCGUGUGCCUGACAGAUGCUACGGACCAUUUCCAGAGCGGUGAUCUCUGUGCCACCAGCGGGUGGGGCAAGACGCGCUACAACGCCUUCAACACCCCCAGCAAGCUGCAACAAACAGCCCUGCCCCUGCUGUCCAACGAUCAGUGCAAAGACUAUUGGGGCAGCAACAUUUCGGACCUGAUGAUCUGUGCGGGUGCGGCUGGCUCUUCUUCUUGCAUGGGAGAUUCUGGCGGCCCCCUUGUGUGCCAGAAUGAUGGCGUCUGGAAGCUGGUGGGCAUCGUGUCCUGGGGCAGCAGCCGCUGCUCUGUCACCACCCCUGCCGUGUAUGCCCGUGUCAGUGUCCUCGGUGAAUGGGCUGAGAAAACCAUGGCAGAAAACUCGGCAGCCUGA